AUGGAGGGGAAGAAAAUCAUAGCAAUUUGUCAGUCAGGGGGGGAAUUCUUGACUGAGAAAGAUGGUACAUUGUCAUAUAGGGGCGGUGAUGCUCAUGCAAUUGACAUUGAUGACCAGAUGACGUUUAACGAGUUUAAAACAGAGGUGACUGAAAUGUUUAGUUGCAGCAACGACAAUAUGUCCAUCAAAUACUUCCUCCCUGGCAACAAGAAGACCCUGAUUACUGUUUCCAAUGACAAGGAUCUCAAGCGCAUGAUCAAAUUCCACAGUGAUUUUGCAACCGUUGAUAUUUAUGUCAUAGAAGAAAUAGUUGCUCCCGAUGUCUCCAACAUGCCUGCCAGUAGGUCGAGCAGAACAACUCUAUCAGAAACUGUGGUUCCAGUUGAUGCAUCUCUCGAUGUUGUGGACUUUGUGGGCGAUACCACCCAGCCCGAUAUCCCACUCGAUGCCUCUCUUGAUAUUGUAGAUGAUGCCAGCCCUAUUGAUGCACAUAUUGAUAUACCCAAUGAAAUAUCACCCAUUUUCCCUCUUCUUGGCCACAACGAUGAGAAGCAUGCUAAAGGUGCACAGCAAUGGCAGAAUGCUAUUACGGGUGUGGGCCAAAGAUUCAGCAGUGUUCAUGAAUUUCGUGAAUCGUUGCGUAAAUAUGCCAUUGCACAUCAGUUUGCCUUUAGGUAUAAGAAGAAUGAUAGUCAUCGUGUGACUGUCAAGUGCAAGGCUGAAGGCUGCCCUUGGAGAAUUCAUGCAUCAAGGCUAUCAACCACUCAGUUAAUAUGUAUCAAGAAGAUGAAUCCAACACAUACAUGCGAAGGGGCUGUUGCAACUACGGGGCAUCAGGCAACAAGGAGUUGGGUGGCAAGUAUAAUUAAGGAGAAGUUAAAAUUCUUACCCAAUUAUAAGCCCAAGGAUAUUGUGAAUGACAUCAAGCAGGAAUAUGGAAUACAGCUAAACUACUUUCAGGCCUGGCGUGGGAAAGAAAUAGCGAAGGAGCAGCUUCAAGGUUCAUACAAAGAGGCAUAUAACCAGUUACCGUUCUUCUGUGACAAGAUAAUGGAGACAAACCCAGGUAGUCUUGCUACUUUUACGACUAAGGAAGACUCCAGUUUCCAUCGCCUAUUUGUCUCAUUCCAUGCCUCAUUGUAUGGUUUCCAGCAAGGUUGCAGGCCUCUCCUUUUCCUUGAUAGCAUACCCUUGAAAUCAAAAUAUCAAGGCACAUUGUUGGCGGCAACAGCUGCAGAUGGGAAUGAUGGGGUUUUCCCUGUUGCUUUCACUGUGGUUGAUGCAGAAACUGAUGAUAACUGGCAUUGGUUUUUACUACAACUAAAAUCUGCAUUCUCAAUAACUUGCCCUAUAACAUUUGUGGCAGACAGGCAGAAGGGAUUAAAAGAAUCAAUUGCUGAUAUAUUCAAAGACUCAUACCAUGGCUAUUGCCUGCGAUACUUAACCGAGCAACUUAUCAGAGACUUGAAAGGGCAGUUUUCUCAUGAGGUGAAGCGACUCAUGGUUGAGGAUCUUUAUGCUGUUGCUUAUGCACCUAGGCCUGAAAACUUCCAAAGUUGUCUUGAAAGCAUUAAAAGUAUCUCACUGGAGGCUUACAAUUGGAUCGUACAAAGUGAGCCCCAGAACUGGGCAAAUGCAUUCUUUCAAGGUGCUAGAUAUAACCAUAUGGCAUCCAACUUUGGAGAGCUGUUCUAUAGUUGGGCAUCAGAUGCACAUGAGUUACCAAUAACACAGAUGGUUGAUGUGAUCAGGGGUAAGAUUAUGGAGUUGAUCUACACAAGAAGGGCAGAAUCUAAUCAAUGGUUUACAAGACUGACUCCAUCCAUGGAGGAAAAGCUAGAUAAGGAAACUCAGAAAGUCCGAAACCUCCAAGUGCUACUUUUGGUUGGUAACACUUUUGAGGUUCGUGGUGACUCCACUGAAGUUGUUGAUGUUGAUCGCUGGGACUGUAGUUGUAGAGGGUGGCAGAUAACUGGGUUACCAUGCUGCCAUGCAAUUGCUGUCAUUGGUUGUAUGGGCCGAAGCCCGUAUGAUUAUUGUUCAAGAUACUUUACCACCGAGAGCUACAGACUGACAUACUCAGAGUCAAUACAUCCUGUUCCAAAUGUAGACAUGCCUGUGGUGAAGGCUUCUUCUCAGCUAGCAGUGACCGUAACCCCUCCUCCCACCCGCCGUCCACCCGGCCGGCCUACUACAAAGAAAUAUGGACCACAAGAGAUGUCUAAGCGUCAACUCCAGUGCAGCAGAUGCAAGGGUCUUGGGCACAACAAGUCCACUUGCAAAGAGUUAUUGUAG